UCUCUUCAACCCCCACCACACGAUUCACGUCAACCCUUGUUCAUGCACCAAGAUAGCGUAAAUAAUGAACCAACAGAACUUCUGGAGUCAUCUGGCCGACCUCAACUAAUUAUCAACUCCGAAGAUAAAAAAAUGUUGUCAGAUGAACCAUUCGCAUCAUUCGAUUCAGGUGUUGAGUCGCUGGAACGACAAUUAACUACUGAUCAAGAUUAUUUUGGAGAUUCAAAUCAAAUGCCUCGAAAUGCUAUUUCAUCUGAGGAAUCGCGAACAAGGAGUAUUGGUGUUACACCUUUUCCAUCCUUUGAUGGUUCAAUGCCACUAGAUCUACAAAAUAAUAUUCACGGGCGAAAAACAGAUCCUUCAAACACCAAUGAGCCACAGUCUGUUGAGAAUCUGAAUUUGUGUGAAUUUAAGAAAACUAAUUCAGCUUCACAAGAGCAAUUGGUCCCCGCCAUCUCAUUUGAAUUUCGGUCGAGUCAGCAGUCUUCGCUUA